ACGAUAGAGAGGGCGUUAGGGUCGUUGCGGACGUUUGGUGGAACGCACCCAGUCGAAUAAAGUCAAAGUGAAAAAUGUCAAAUAUAAUUUUCAUAACACUCGAUAUUCGUAUUAUGAAUUAAAAUAAGUUAAUAGAUAUUUUAAAUUAAAAACAAUCUCAACUAAUAAAACCAAUUAAGCAAAAUGAAUGUUAUAUGGAGGCGCAGUAAUGUUAUUCAUAAUUUAUUUCGUAUUAUAACCCAAGAAAUUCAAAAAAAUACACAAUUUAACUAUGUUUCUUAUAGUACAACUUUGAAUGGUUCUAAAUUAUUUAAUUUACAAACGAUUAAACCUACACACAAUGUAGUCCGUCAUAAGUCCAAAAAGAAAACUGAUGCCGACUCCGAUGAUGAAUCCGAAGUAUUUGAUGAUGAUGAUGUUUCUUUAUCGAGAGAUUCAAAAGUUGUAAAAAUUAACACCACAUCUUUGAGAACUGAUGCUAUCCUCAAGUCGGCUCUAGGAGUAGCGAGAAAUAAAAUAGAAAAGUUAUUUUAUGAAAGCAAAAUCAGAGUAAAUGGUAAGAAGAUUUUAAAGAAAAGCAUGUCUGUACAAGUGGAUUAUGAAAUAGACAUUAUUAAAAGUAUAAGUCCAAAAAAUCCUGAUCAUUUAUAUGUAUCAAGAGUUGAAAUAUUGAAUAUAGCAGCCAAAGAAGAGAAUAUCGUAGUGACAGCGAGAAGAUUCAAAACACUGCUUAUAGAAAAUUAUGAAAAUGACCCUUACAAACCUUCUACAUCUGAGGAAGAUCAAUAAAAUCAUAUAAAAUUGUAAAUAGAUAUUUUAUAUUAAAAAUUAGAUAAUAUAGAUCAA